CAAAUAUACUCGCGUCUCACAGCUGAUUCGGAAGAAAUAAGUCGUAGAACGUUGUUAAAUUGUGGAAUUGUAGUUUGAAAAUAUAAACCAAGAUGUCUUCAACACCGAAAUCGUUCAAAGAGAAACGUUCCUUCACUCAAAGAGUGGCAGACGUCGAUCUCAUUAGGAAACAGCAUCCAAAUAAAGUUCCUAUAAUUGUGGAACGAUAUUAUGGAGAAAAGCAGUUACCGCUGCUCGACAAAUCAAAAUUCUUAGUUCCUGAUCACCUUCCAGUAGCAGAGCUUAUUAAAAUUAUCAGACGAAGAUUACAACUAAAUCCAACACAAGCAUUCUUUCUACUUGUAAAUCAGAGGUGUAUGGCCAGUGCUAGCAUGACAAUGGCUCAACUCUAUCAGCGUGAAAGAGAUGAGGAUGGUUUCCUCUACAUUGUAUUCGCCAGUCAAGAAGUGUUUGGUCAUUAGAUUUAAAUUUAAAAUAUUACACUACAAGAUAAGAUAACUGUACAGCUUCUCGACUUCAUUUAUGCUUACACAUUUGUGAC